AUGUGCCAGUCUGCUGUUCCUCUGUUGUUGCCAAAUUGUGAUACCCAACAAAGCACCCUGAUGUUGUGGGCCAUGAGAGACCUGGUGAAAAAGUUCAGACCUCAAUCUGUAGCUAGUGACAAGGCAUUUGUUCAGGGCAGGAUUGUGGAAAAAACCAUCCCUAGUGUUAGACUAGGAGAGAGCAGUUUAGCCAAAUCUCAAACUCUGAACAAGCUUCUUAAUCCUCAGCAGCAAAACUAUGCAUUUGUUCAUAAUGACAUGGAGUGUGGAGAUGUGCCCAGGAGAAUCUCAGAUGGACUGGUUGAGGUCAGCUGGUACCUCCCCUGUGGGAAAGGAAACACAGACAUAUUCACCGAGCCAGUAGCUAUGGCCAAUCUGAGAGGAGACGGUAUGCUGUUUAAGACCCAGAUUUCCUUUCUGUGUCAAACCUCAGCUGCAGUUUUCAUAUUCAGUAAUGACCUACAGGGAGACCUAAGCACUCUGACCAACAAAAGGAACAAAGCAAAGCUGUUCCUGGUCUCCAGCUCCCAAAGAAUUUGCAUGGAGACACUCAAAGAUAUAUGCAGAAAACUCAACAUCAGGGACAAGAAUGUGAUCAUAAAGAAGAGGCAGAAUGAAGCAGAGUUUGUGAAGACCCUUCGGUCCUGUGUGAGUGGAGUCAUUGAAAAGAAAUCAGCCGUAAUGAAAAUGGUGGACAUGGCGGAGGCUGCUCGUCAGGCUGGUAUUGAAGUAGAUGAGGACUGCAGCGAGUGUGUUGAGGGCAGACGUUACGCUGAAGCCAUCAGUAACAGUAUUGAUGAUAUUGCAAAUUUCAAGGUGCAACAGUUGCCCUUGCAUGGAAAAAUGUGGAAAGAAAUCAGCCAAAUGGAGGAAGAAAUAAAACAAAAGAGCCAAACAGCAAGUCCAGCACCUACUGUACCUUCUCUGUGUGCUCAGAUGCUGCUGGAUGGGUUUCCAGUUGAGCUGGUCGAUGGAGACGCAGCAAACAUCCCAAUGAAGUGGAUAUCAGAAGUCCUGACCCAGCUACAUCAGCUGGGGGACUCCAAGAGUAGGAUCCUGGUGAUGUGUGCUGUACUGGGAGUGCAGAGCACUGGGAAGUCCACCCUCCUCAACACCAUGUUUGAAGAGCAGUUUGCAGUCAGCAGUGGAGCAUCUACCAGAGGAGCCUUCAUGGUGCUGAUUAAAGUCUCUGAGGAACUCAGAUCUGAGCUCAAGUGUAACUUCAUCAUGGUCAUCAACACAGAGGGCCUAAAAUCACCUGAGCUGGCCACAUUAGACACAAACUACGAACAUGACAAUGGACUCGCAACACUGGAUGGACUCAGUGACAUCACCAUCAUCAACGUUUCCAUGGAGAACAACACAGAGAUGAAGGACAUUCUGCAGAUUGUGGUCCAUGCAUUCUUCAGAAUGAAGGAAGUUCCAAAGAAGCCCAGAUGUGUGUUUGUGCAUCAGAACAUGCCAGACAUGGCUGCUCACGAGAACAACAAGAGAGACAGGACGAAGCUGAUGGAGCAGCUGGAUGAGAUGACCCAGAUAGCAGGUAAAAUGUGGAGAAAAGAAGGUAACACAAAGUUCACUGAUGUGAUGAAACAUGAUUCUGACAAAGACAACUUCUACAUCCCUGCACUUUGGAAUGGAAGUCAACUGAUGGCCCCAGUGAAUGCUGGCUACAGUGAAGCUGUCUAUGGGCUCAAGAAGAGUUUGCUUGACUCCGUACACAUAUCUGAUGACAUCGAGAUGAAUGAUGCAAAAGAGUUCAACAAGUGGACAAACAUCUUGUGGAAUGUCGUGAAAUCUGAGAAAGACGUUUUUAAUUUCAAAAAUAGCAUGGUGGCUGACACUUACAACACACUAUGUGCUGAAUUCGAAAAAUGGGUGUGGUCUUUCUGUUCCUCAAUGCGCAACUGGCAUUGUGAGAAAGAAAAAUUAAUUUCUGAAGAUGGAGAUUUUCCAAACUGGCAGAAAUAUUACAUGAGGCUGCAGCAACUCUGA